AUGGCGCCACCAAGGUCCCUUGCCUUGGCGCUCCUCUUGUGCGCCUUGUCAGCCUCCUGCCACGCCUCCAUUUCCUACCCACCGUCGGCCAUGCCCGCGGCCGCGCCCGCCAAAGAUGACUUCCUCUCGUGCCUCACCAAGAGCGUUUCCCCGCGGCUCCUCUACACCAAGAGCUCGCCUGCGUACGGCUCCAUCUGGGCGUCCACCGUCAGGAACUUAAAGUUCGACUCGGACAAGACGGUGAAGCCGCUGUACAUCAUCACCCCCACCGAAGCCGCCCACAUCCAGGCCACUGUGGCGUGCGGCCGGAAGCACGGCAUGCGGGUCCGCGUGCGGAGCGGCGGGCACGACUACGAGGGCCUGUCGUACCGGUCCGCCAAGCCGGAGACAUUCGCCGUGGUGGACAUGUCCAUGAUGCGGCAUUUGUCGAUCAACGGCAGGAACGCCACGGCGUGGGUCGACUCCGGCGCGCAGCUCGGCGACAUCUACUACUUCACGGGGAAGUACACCCCUAGGCUCGCGUUCCCGGCGGGCGUGUGCUCCACCAUCGGCGUCGGGGGCCACUUCAGCGGGGGCGGCUUCGGCAUGAUGCUGCGCAAGCACGGCAUCGCCGUGGACAACGUCAUCGACGCCAAGGUGGUGGACGCCAACGGCAUCCUGCUGGACAGGAAGUCCAUGGGCGAGGACUACUUCUGGGCGAUCAGGGGCGGCGGCGGCGAGAGCUUCGGCAUCGUGGUGUCGUGGCAGCUGAAGCUCGUGCCCGUCCCGCCCAAGGUGACCGUGUUCCAGGUCUACAGGGGGCUCAAGGACGGCGCCAUCGACCUCAUCACCAAAUGGCAGCAGGUGGCGCCGUCCCUCCCCGAGGACCUCAUGAUCCGGAUCAUGGCCAUGGGAGACACUGCCAUGUUCGAGGCCCUGUUCCUCGGCACGUGCAAGGACCUCCUCCCGCUGAUGGGCAGCCGCUUCCCGGAGCUGGGCGUGAAGCAAGCGGACUGCAAGGAGAUGUCGUGGGUGCAGUCCACGGCCUACAUCCCCAUGGGCGCGUCGGCCACCGUGAACGACCUCCUCAACCGGACGUCCAACAUCAAGGCGUUCGGCAAGUACAAGUCGGACUACGUCAAGGACCCCAUCCCCAAGGCCGUGUGGGAGAAGAUCUACACCUGGCUCGCCAAGCCCGGCGCCGGGAUCAUGAUCAUGGACCCCUACGGCGCCAAGAUCAGCUCCAUCCCGGACAGGGCGACGCCGUUCCCGCACCGGCAGGGCAUGCUGUUCAACAUCCAGUACGUCAGCUACUGGUCCGGCGAGGCCGGCAGCGCCGCGCCGACGCAGUGGAGCAGGGACAUGUACGCGUUCAUGGAGCCGUACGUGACCAAGAACCCGAGGCAGGCGUACGUGAACUACAGGGACCUGGACCUCGGCGUCAACCAGGUGGUCGGCGACAUCUCCACCUACGAGAGCGGCAGGGUGUGGGGCGAGAAGUACUUCAAGUGCAACUUCGAGAGGCUCGCCAGGAUCAAGGCCAAGGUGGACCCCACCGACUACUUCAGGAAUGAGCAGAGCAUCCCACCAUUGUUCAAGUGA